AUGUUCAAGUUACUUAUCCCUAUUUUUAGGGGCCUCGCUAUCUUCAUUCUAGUAUUGCUAGCAAGGGGAUUAUUCGAGCUUUGUGUGGAAUGGAUUUGCUACUGGCGAUCACAACGACAAAAGAAGGCCGCUCUAAAACAGGCGCUUGAAUCACCCUCAGGCUUCUAUCGGCUGCUUGUGGCGAAUGUAGCAGGGAAUGCAGCGGUGGAGAUAUCCCAAGAUCCUCUCAAAUUCAAUGAAUAUUUCGAUAUCAGGGGCUGGGAGUGCUACUGUUCACAAGGCCGAGGAACGGAUGCUCUCAUAGCCUACAUUCUACCGGCUAUGUUGAAUGUAACAGAGAAGAAGUUGCAAAAUCUCUCUCAAAACAAGGACCUCCUUGAUGUUGUUCCGGACGAGAAGUUCCGCCAGGCCCUUGGGAUAAUAUUGAAUACGGACCCCCGGAUUAAGGCGAGCCUUCAGGAUACCCCGGAUGCUUCUUAG